GCUACAAGGUUCCGUUUGUCGUUAGCAAUUCAGUUUCUGUUUUUGUCAAAAUUUAAAGUUUAAGUUAUUUUUAGUGUAAUAAUAUUAUUUUAUCAUAGUGCAAAUAUAAAGGAAUGGAUGAUAAUCAUUUUAGUCAUAGAGCACGUAAAAGAAUAAAGGAAGCAAAGCGUAAAGCGAGACCAGAAUUAAACACUAAGGAAUCGUGGACGCAACAACGUUACUAUGAUAAUUUUGCAAAAUUUAACGAAUUUGAAGAUAAUUGUGAGAGAAUUGAUGAGACCCAAUUCAGCCAAAGAGAAUUUAUAUCUAAAUAUGAACUGCCUUACAAGCCUGUUGUUAUAACUGGUUCACAAACAGGUUGGUCUGCCAAGGAAAAAUGGACAUUAGAUAGAUUAAUGAAGAAAUAUAGAAAUCAGAAGUUCAAAUGUGGGGAAGACAAUGAAGGAUAUAGUGUUAAAAUGAAAAUGAAAUAUUAUAUACACUACAUGCUCACCACUAAAGAUGACAGUCCAUUAUAUAUUUUUGAUAGCAAUUUUGGAGAGCACCGUCGAAGGAAGAAAUUACUAGAUGAUUACAUUGUCCCUUGUUAUUUUCGUGAUGACCUAUUCAAGUAUUCAGGGGAAGUGAGCCGGCCACCAUACCGAUGGUUUGUCAUGGGACCAGCUCGUUCUGGAACUGGUAUUCAUAUAGAUCCUUUAGGUACAAGUGCCUGGAAUGCAUUAGUUGUAGGACACAAAAGGUGGUGUCUAUUCCCCACACACACCCCCAAAGAACUGCUGAAAGUAACGGGGCAGAUGGGUGGAAAGCAACGCGACGAAGCCAUAACAUGGUUCAACCUCAUUUACCCCAAAACGAAGGAUCCGUCAUGGCCAAGCGACUGUAAGCCAAUUGAAAUCUUACAAAAACCUGGCGAGACCGUGUUCGUGCCUGGUGGCUGGUGGCACGUGGUUCUUAAUCUGGACACCACAAUAGCCGUCACUCAGAACUUUUGCAGUAGAACGAACUUUCCGGUGGUUUGGCACAAAACGGCGAGGGGACGGCCCAAGUUGUCGCGUAAAUGGUUGAGGGAAUUGAGGAUUCACGAACCUAUGCUGGCUCAAUUGGCCGACCGGAUCAAUUUGGAACAACCGAGCGGGGUUGCUUCGGACAGUUCGAGCAGUUCGUCCAGCAGUUCCAGUUCGGAUUCGGAUGAGUCGACGAAUUCGGAGGACGAUGACAGCGGUCAGGAAUCGAUUACGGCGAAAAAGAAGAGAAGGAAGUCUGAUAAUGAGUCUGAAAGAAACAAGAAAAUUUCGAGGAGAUUGAGCAAGGAUUCACCUGUGUCCUGGAAAAGUUUCGAUAACAGUUCUUCCAUAUCACCAUCACAAGCAGUUGACAUUGUCAAGGAAUAACAAACAAUUUAUUGGAAGUUAUUUUAUUCAAAACACCAAUAAUAAACAGAUCUAUAGGAUAUAUUUUUAUUAAUUAAUUUAUAGAUUUUAAUUACUGUUGCAGGUGUGUAUAUCAUAUUGAAAGUGAAAUACAAAAACAGGCCAAUAAUUGACGAUAAAUUGUUAAUUUUCUAGCGUGCCUUAAAACUUACUUUAGUUAUUCCACUUAAAGAGCAAUAACAGUAUUGGAGCAAUACAUAAAGUCGAAGUUGAAACAUUCCACUUUAAAUGCAGUUUGUUGGCCUGCUUUUAACAGACGACUUCGUGUUUUCUUACAGUGUUUAUGACUAACGCUUAGUACAAAACUCUUUUUUAUUUCAAGUGACUGAAGAUAUACGCAGUAUUUUACAUAGCACAUAUCAGCUUGAUUUUUUGGGAAAACAAACCCUCAGUUGCUGUUGAUGUUAUUACAAUUUCCUCUUUCUAUAGUUACCACUAUGUAAUUAUUGUAUUAGUUUCGCUAUUUAAUUUGUCGAUCAUUUAAAAUAACUAAAGUAAAAUAUAGUGCCAAGAAUAUUGACAAAACUGCCUUACAUUUUUGGUGUUGAUUUCUGUUCUGAUUCUGAUUAACACAUUCAAUAAAAUUUCUUUCACUGCAAAAACGCAUCAAAUUUUAUUGGAAGUGUUCUGAAAAGUGUUGAAAAAGUAAUGUAUUUGUUUUGUGAUUUAAUUUCAGUGCCUGGAAUAAAUAUUUUUACUUGGGGUGAUUUGCUAGAGUUGACCUUUUAAUAAUUUACAUUGAUAAACGCCGUGGGUAUUAAAAUGUAUUUGCCAAGGUCGAAUAUUAUUCUUGGAAGACACAUUUAAUAUCUGUAACUAUUUGCAAAACAUUCAUUUUACUUUUGAAACAUUACUACAUACUUACUAACAUAAGUUUCGUUAAAAUUAUGAUCGGAAGUUAAGGUUGUUAAACAAUUACGUUUUUUUUCUUCUGAAAUAUAACUAUCAGUUUAUAUAGUUGUGUUUAGAAAUUCAGAUUUCAAUAACUGUUUCUCUUCAGUCAGUUAUUGAGAUCUGAUCUCCGGUUUGGUAUUAUUUAAAUUUAGUUCACCGCAAGCACUUGUGGUAAUUUUAAAGUCGUUACUAAAUUUGUUUAAAAUAUGUAUACAAAAAGACAGUAUUAUAAAGGAUAUCAAUCAAGUGCCAGCCGAAUAUUCUAACUCUGCAAUGUGAACAAUAACAGAGAAUGUAUUUCUCUAAAGCAAAUCCAAUAUGUUAUUUUUCUUAAUUAUUAGUUCAGUUUAUGUUAUUUGUUAGCUAAUACUUCUGAAUAAGGUACCAAAAUAUAAUAAAUAUAAAGUAUAGUUUUCAUAUAUUGAAACUGUAAUGCCUAUACACUGAUUACCCUAAGUAUUACUAAACAAAAACAUAAAAGUGUAAUCAAUUUUAUGUGUGCCUUUGGUCUUUUAAAAUUUCUAAAUAAAACUGAAACCACAAA